UUCUUGCAGCACUUGCAGGAAAGAGUUCAGUAAAAGUCGUAAUUUAAUGAAUCACAUGAAGAUCCACACUGGUGAAAGGCCGUACCUGUGCAAAACCUGCGGAAAAUCGUUUACUGAAUCAUCUGAUCUUAACCGGCACAUAACCACGCACACGGGCGAGAAGCCCUACAUCUGCAAAACUUGUGGAAAAAGUUACAGUCAACCUUCCAACCUGGUGAUUCACUCAAGGAUCCACACAGGCGAGAAGCCGUACUUGUGCAACACCUGCGGAAAAACCUUUACUAGAUCAUCAGUUCUUAAACGCCACAUAACCAUGCACACGGGCGAGAAGCCCUACAUCUGCAAAACUUGUGGAAAAAGUUACACAGAACGUUCCAACCUGGUGAUUCACUCGAGGACCCACACAGGCGAAAAGCCAUACAUGUGCAACACCUGCAGCAAAACCUUUACUAUUUUAUCGGAUCUUAAACGCCACAUAACCACGCACACGGGCGAGAAGCCCUACAGUUGCAAAACAUGUGGAAAGAGUUACAGGCUACGUUCCUACCUGGUGGCUCACUCGAGGAUACACACCGGUGAAAGGCCGUUUGUGUGCAACACCUGCGGAAAAACCUUUACUAAAUCAUCAAACCUUAAAAGCCACAUAACCACGCACACGGGCGAGAAGCCCUACAUCUGCAAAACAUGUGGAAAAAGUUACAGGCUACGUUCCCACCUGGUGGAUCACUCGAGGAUCCACACCGGCGAAAGGCCAUACCUGUGCAACACCUGCAACAAAACCUUUGCUGUAUCAUCACAUCUUAAACGGCACAUGACCACGCACACGGGCGAGCAGCGAUAUUUGUGCAAGACGCAGAAUUGAUUUGCUGAGUCACAUGAAAAAUCACCCGGAGGAGAAGUCUGGUGACUCGUGACAAAUGAAGCUCAUGUUGUUGUCCUCCGGGGGCAGCUGUCCACUCCUGGCUGACCCACAGAAGAAGAACCCGCAGAAGUCCAACCACCACCUCCUGUGGCUGAUGAGCCUAAUCCCCUCCCCACAAGGGUUGCAGGUUCAACCCAGAUUUAUGCUUCUCCGUCAACUUGACGCAGAGGGAACAAUGUGGUUGUGUACACUUUUUAAAGUUCUGCAUUGAGGUUG